AUGCUAAAACCCCGAGAUGUAGAGCUUCUGUUCUUAGGACGGGAAUAUCCUCUAGGCUACCAGUAUUUCCGGGAUCGGUUACACCGUGCGUUUACAAGUCAGACUCACAUUACCGACGAGGAGCAAAUCCGCAAGGGUAUAGCGAGGGCUGAAUUUGUGAAGAAAGGUGGGUGCUGUCUUUUGCGCUGGGAUUCUCAUCCCUGUACCUGA